UCCUUAAACGAACUGAUGGACGAAGAUGAGAAGGACAGGGCAAAGAGGGCGUCCCGUAACAAAUCAGAGAAGAAAAGGAGAGAUCAGUUCAACGUCCUCAUUAAGGAACUGUGCACCAUGCUCCAAGGCCAUGGGCACCCGCUCAAGAUGGACAAGUCCACGAUCUUACAGAGGACUAUUGACUUUUUACAGAAGCAGAAAGAAAUCUCAGCCCAGACCGAAGCCUGUGAGAUUAGACAAGACUGGAAACCCACAUUUCUUACCAAUGAAGAAUUCACUCAGUUGAUGUUGGAGGCAUUAGACGGGUUUCUCAUUGCACUGACCACGGAUGGGAUCAUUAUUUAUGUAUCCGAUAGCGUCUCUUCGCUGCUUGGACAUUUACCGUCAGAUUUGGUGGACCAAAAUAUAUUAAAUUUCCUACCUGAGUGUGAACAGAACAACGUGUACAAGCUUCUUUCAGCCCACGUGCUCGUGACCUCUGAUUUUCUAAAUGCCGAAAAACAAAUGGAGUUUUGCUGCCACUUAGCCCGAGGAAACUUGGAUCCGAAUGAGGCCGUGACAUACGAAUAUGUCAAAUUUGUGGUGGAUUUCAAACAGUUUUCCCCUGCGCCUGCGUCAUCGUUCAACGGCUUCGAGCCUCCCGUGGCACGGGCGUUCCGGUCCGUCAGUGACACCCAGGUGUGUCUAGUUGCAACGGUCCGUCUCGUUACGCCACAGUUCUUGAAGGAACUUUGUAACAUGGAAGAAUCCUGUGAAGAAUUCACCUCACGGCACAGCCUGGAAUGGAAGUUCUUGUUUUUAGACCACAGAGCUCCACCAAUAAUUGGUUAUCUGCCCUUUGAGGUUCUUGGGACAUCUGGUUAUGAUUACUACCACGCAGAUGAUUUGGAACUUCUUGCUAGGUGCCAUGAACACCUGAUGCAGUUUGGCAAAGGCAAGUCUUGCUACUACAGAUUCUUGUCCAAGGGCCAGCAGUGGAUAUGGCUACAGACCCAUUAUUACAUCACCUACCACCAGUGGAACUCCAAACCCGAGUUCAUUGUGUGCAGCCACACAGUGGUUAGUUAUGCUGAGGUUCGAGCGGAAAGGAGACGGGACGUCGGCCUGGAGGAAUCUUCUAUCGAAUUGGCCUCUUCAUCCUUAAAGAGUCAAGGGGAUUAUAUCAACGCCCAACACUGCGUGUCCGCGAACCAAGAAGUCAGCCGUGAAGGAGUAUCUGUGUCUUCUCACAGCUCCUGCCCAUCUUCACACACAGCCCUCUCCGACUCCGCAUCCACGUCAUCCAUGCGGCACACCAGUACCAGCACUCCAACAAGACAAAGCUCAUCCCUGGGACAGCCAGACAAGGUCUCCUUACGGCUCGCCUCCGGCAGCAACACCCCGGGCAUCAUUCCUCCCUCCGACCAUCUUGUACCGCAUCACAUGACGCAGCCCACAGUCCCCGCGCCACAAACACUGAUGCCAGGCUACCACUUCCCAGCGCAAAUGGAGAUGAUGCACCAGCUGAAGGAGCAGCUGGAAGAACGGACGCGAAUCCUGCAAGCCGACAUCAAGACCCAGCAAGAGGAACUGCACGUAAUCAAGGAGCAACUGCAACUCGUCCACGACUCCAAUCUGCAGAUGUUCAUGCAACAGUCCAUGUCUGUGGUCUUCAGCACUGUGCCCUCCCAACAGAGCCCAAGGCAGCAACCAUCGGGAGCAACCAGGCCGGCUGCUUCCAAGAAGCCCCAACAGCAGCAAAGCCUCAUGGGAGCAAAGCAGUUUGGGGGUGCUCCCUCGGCCUCCCAGCCCCCCUUCCUCAGGGAGCCACGUGGCGCAUCAACCCAGUUUAAUCCUCUGUGGUUUCCCUACCCAACCCCACCUCAAGCCAUCUCUCGCCAUGAGGCGAAUUUCUCCCAGGUAAAACCACAUGGACAUAAUCGUGAUUCAAAAGAUCCAGAAUGA